AUGGUCGCUAUUUGUAAUUCCAUCAUGGCGCAUGUGCGAGACAAAGACUUAAAAAAGGAAAACUGUUGCUCAGAGUUUAUUAUUCCUCCCCUUCAUUUAUCCUCACAAUUUUAUCGGCCCUUUCUUCUUCCUUUUCUCCUUCUCGUCUUCUUCUUCCUUUUCUCUUUCUCUGCUUCUUCUUCUUUUUUCUUUCUCUGCUUCUUCUUCUUCUUUUUUCUUUCUCUGCUUCUUUUUUCUUUUUCUGCUUCUUCUUCUUUUUUCUUUCUCUGCUUCUUUUUUCGUUUCUCUUUCUCUGCUUCUUCUUCUUUUUUUCUUUCUCUUCUUCUUUUUUUUUUCUCUGCUUCUUCUUCUUUUUUCUUUCUCUUCUUCUUUUUUCUUUUCUCUGCUUCUUCUUCUUUUUUCUUUCUCUGCUUCUUUUUUCUUUUUCUGCUUCUUCUUCUUUUUUCUUUCUCUGCUUCUUUUUUCGUUUCUCUUUCUCUGCUUCUUCUUCUUCUUUUUUCUUUCUCUUCUUCUUUUUUCUUUUCUCUUUCUCUGCUUCUUCUUCUUUUUUCUUUCUCUGCUUCUUCUUCUUUUUUCUUUCUCUGCUUCUUCUUCCUUUUCUCUUUCCCUGUUUUUUGUUGUUUUUAUUGUUGUUUGCAGCUUUUCUUCUCUUUCUCUUUCUCUCUCUUCUUUACUCUUUUCUUUUCUCUCUCUCUCUCUCUCUCUCUCUCUAAAUUGCUCCUCUAUCUCAGAGUUUAUUAUUCCUCCCCUUUCAUUUAUCCUCACAAUUUUAUCGGUCCUUUCUUCUUCCUUUUCUCCUUCUCUGCUUCUUCUUCCUUUUCUCUUUCUCUGCUUCUUUUUUCUUUUCUCUUUCGCUGCUUCUUCUUCCUUUUCUCUUUCCAUGGUUGUUGUUGUUGUUGUUGUUGUUCUUCUUCUUCUUCUUCUUCUUCUUCUUCUUCUUCGCUAGUUUUCUUUACAUUUUGCUUUUCUUUAUCCCUGCUUUCUUCCUUUGCUUUCUUUUCAGUUUCUCUUUUUCCUCUUUUCUGUCUUCUUUAUGUCCAUCCCCCCUCCUCACUUGUCUUUAUCUCUUUUUUACUUUUAUUUUUAUUCCCUCCCCCUCUUCGUUUCUCCUCUCAAUUUUAUUGGUCCUUUCUGUCGUUAUUUAUUGUCUUUGCUUAUUUGAUAUUUUUUCUUUUUCUUCGUCUUUCUUUCUUUUUCUUUUCGUCUUUCUUUCUUUUCUCCUUUAAUUUUCUUAUCUCUUUUUGUUCACUCCUUUUCAUCUUUUAUUCGAUUUCAAACCAAGUAAAAGGCAAUUCAUUCUCCCAUUUCUUAUUUCACACAGAUCCGUUUUCAUUUUCUGCUUCCGAUAAAUUUCUAUAUUUUUUAUUUGACAUUUCUUUUCUUCCGUCUUCACGUAUCCUGCGAUUACCCCAAACAAUUGAAACAAAUAAUAAUUCAUAUACUAUUCGGAUUCCACAUUGGUAG